CUGCUCUAAAUAUUGACCAAAUUUCAUGUUUUUGGUAUCUUUGUAAAGAAGAAGAAUCAUUCUUUUAGGUCAUGUGUUUGGAUUUUUAAAAGAAUGUUGUAAUAUAGGAAAAACUUUUGAUCUAAAACAUGAAACAAAAUAUUUUUUUCAUGCAACAAAAGUUGUUGUUUUCACACUUAAUUUCUGUUUAGGCACAAAUGAUUUUUAGAUCAUGAUAAAGCUGAAUAUCUAAGCUUUAAUAUGAUAUAAUUUUUAUAAGAAGAUGUAUUUUAGAUGGGUCAGCAGCCAGCUUUUCAUAGGCCAAGUACAUUUUGCAGCUCAAAAACAAGAAUACUGCGCUCUGAUUGGUCAUAGACCGCACACCCACGCAAAUUCCAAUGUUCCCCACACUGGGCCUCUGCAAGGUCACACUCACCAUGUGGUAAUCUCUUCAAAUUACCCGCGCCUGUUUGUUUUGAAAACAGUAUUCAGCCAAUCAGAACUCUGGAUUUUAUGUUACUCAGAAAUUUCAGAAAUCUCGUCUUGCAUCUUGAUGGAAAUAACUGGCUGCUGACCCAUCUAAAAGAUGCCACAUAUCAAGAGUGACAUUGUAAGAAAGUAUAGAGUUUGAGCUUUCUGAUGAUAUAAAUAAUGUUGGUGCCUAAAACACAAAAUGUUGCACAAUUUGCAAGUGAAAACAGAGGAAGAAAUUUCUGUUUGAUGCAUCUUUUCAGGUAAAAAAUUCACUUAUUUAUCAAAAUAUUUCAUUAAAAAGAAAUGACCAAUAUAAAAGGGUAACAUUUACUCUUGCCCAUGGUACAAAAAUAAUCAAUAUUACUCAAGGAGAAAGUGGUUAAAUUCUUUGAGAAAGAAAGUCUCACAAUUCACGAGAUUUUGCAGGGACAUGAAUUCAGCCACGAGAGGACUUGGAUAAAUCUUGCUCAUUUGCUCAUUAACACAGGGGCUUGCGGACUGACUGCAAUGCCCUAUUGUAACAGACAAGCAGGACUGUCCACAACAAUGGAUGCAGUCAAGUGUUUUACUAUUGUGUUUCUUCUUGGACUGUGCCUUGGACAUGAUAAUGGUCAGCAUUUUAUCAAACAUGUACUUAAGCCUACAUGUACUGUAUACCACAACCGUUCUUGUCCACUUCUGCAUGUGUUAGGAGAUUCUACGGUAGACGAAUUAACUAUUACCUGAAUUCAGAUGCUUACCAAAUAUCCCUUUUGAAGGAUGGCGAUAUUAGUCCUAACCCUGGGCCUGAUGUUGGUUGCGGCAGCUGUGAUACAGUGCCAGAGACUAUUACCUAUACCAGGGAACAGUUGUAUGAUGUCGCCCAUCAUGAUAUUUGCCACCAGCGUCUAUCUCCUGUACUGUGGAAGAAGCUUGCUACCCUUGGAAUCUCGUACAAGAAGAGAACAAAACGUAGUAAGAGAGCAUGGAUUAAAAGGAGGAAUAAGAUCUUGCGUUCAUCUUUAUCCACUUUCCCUGAUGAUAAAUCUCCUACUAAAAAUACUCCAUUGACCUGCAUUUCAUCUGGUGAGGCAGACUUUAGUCUUGUAUGUAAUAAAGGUCUGAAGAAAGGAAAUCAGACUCUCAUUGGCCUUUGGAAUGCACGUUCUUUGAGCAAUAAAACAGUGUGCACAUGUGAUCUAAUCCUGGAUAACAACCUUGACGUACUAGUUGUUACAGAGUCAUGGCUCACAGGAGAUUGCAGGGAUGACAUUGUUAUAGUUGACUUAAAGUCAACGCUUCCCAAUUAUGAAAUCCUACAUUGUCCUCGAAAGACCUCUCGAGGAGGAGGCAUACGUGUCAUCCAUCGAUCAUCUGCCACCACAUCCGUAAAGGAAAUACACAAGUUUUCAUCUUCCGAGCUCCUGGACUUUAGCAUCCGUUUCUCACCGUCGUCAGUUCUGCAUCUGUAUGCAGUUUAUCGACCGCCACCUUCUUCUUCGAACAAACUGACUUGCGGAAUGUUCACAUCUUAAUUCUUCACUCUCUUGGAGUCUGCAGCUAUCGAUGAUAAUUGUCCCCUUAUAGUUGGGGACUUCAACAUUCAUGUUGAUAACACUAGUGCAAGCUACGUAAGAACCUUCCUCGGUUCUCUGGACUCAAUUGGAUUUCAGCAGCAUGUUCAGGAGCCAACUCGCCGUGCUGGACAUACCAUAGACUUAAUCAUUUCAAGGAGAGUUGAUGACAUAGUCUCUGGUAUCCAUCUUCUGUCCAACCUGCCUUCUGAUCAUUCUGCUGUCAUUGCAAGAAUUAAGACUGAAAGUUCUGGGAAUCCAAGGAAGCGGAUCACGUACAGGAAGUUACAGAGUAUACAUGUAGAUAUCUGCUCCUUCAGACAAGACAUUUUGAAUUCAUUAGUCAUGUCUUUGUUAUCGUCUUGUCCUACAGCAUCUGUAAACAUGUGUAAUAUGAAAUUGUUGGAUCUCCUCAAUAAGCAUGCUCUGUUGAAAGCAAGGUCAUCACAAUCAAUCCCAAAGCUCCAUGGUAUAGUGAAGAAAUCAAGGAAGCGAAGGGGUGCAGACGUCGUGCUGAGCGACUGAUGCUGAAAUCUGGACUUUGUAUUCAUAAACAGCUUUACAAGAAGGAAUGUGACUCUUACUACAGUAAACUCUUUGAGGCUAAGUCAAGUUACUUCAAAGGUGAGAUCGCAGGAUCAGAUUCAAAGCAGCUGUUCCAGAUCGUGAAGAAAUUGUCUUCACCUCUGCAGUCCACCACAUUUCCUGAUCAUGACUCUGAUGAGGACCUUGCCAACAGAUUUGGGGAGUUCUUCGAGAAUAAGGUCGCGUCUAUCAUUUCUUCAUUCAACGUCCCCUUUUCUGAUGAUCUAUUACUGCCUUCUCAGACUGGGAUUUCACAUGACUCCAACCUCUCAGAAUUUGACCUUGUUUCUGAAAUGCAGGUUAAGCGUGUCAUCAAGUCACUUCCUUCGAAAUCUUGUAGCUUGGAUCCCCUCCCAACUUGGCUAGUGAAGGCAUGCCUCGACGAACUCCUGCCUGUUAUAACUCUCAUCAUGAACCUUUCCUUAUCAUCUGGUGUUGUUCCUGAGUCUUUUAAAACAGCCUGUGUUUUGCCACUUUUGAAAAAACCCAGCCUGGAAACUAAGGAUUUCAAGAACAACAGACCUAUUGCUAAUUUGCCAUUUCUUAGUAAAGUUCUUGAAAGAAUUGUUGCUGCUCAGCUCAGAACUCACCUUGAUGAAAAGGGGCUGUUUCCACCAAAUCAGUCAGCUUAUCGCCAUUUUCAUUUUACUGAAACGGCCCUGAUAAAGGUUCAGAAUGAUCUUCUGCUUGCUGUGGAUAAAGGACAAGAGACUGUUCUCAUCCUUUUGGAUUACUCAGCUGCGUUUGACACGCUGGACCAUGGUGUUCUUCUUCAACGUUUGGAACAUGAUUACGGCUUCAGCGGAACUGUUCUUCUUUGGUUGGAAUCCUACCUUGCCAGACGAAGCCAUAAGGUUGUCGUUCUCUACUCCCUCCAUUGGCUUCAGGGUGUGACGAAUCGCAACAUUCUUAGACUAGGGAUUCACUCAUUAGCUUCGCCCCUUUGGGAAGUCAACUCUAUUCAGCAAUCUACUGUGUCCUUGUGUAGGUUUCUCCAUGCACUCCGAGGGAUAUUAAGAGUCUCAUUGGCUGUAUGUGUACUCACUAUACCUACACACUUAUAUCAGGAUGAAAGUAAAGUUAGAAAAAUAGAGAGACUCUGUGAUACUGUUAUCAGACUUGAAUCAUUUGCAGGGUCUGAUAAAGAGACUAAUCCAGUUUAUAAAGAAUACCAUGGUUUAUUUCAUAUCCGUAGACUUCCAAGACUCAAUUCACUAUCUAGUUACCUUCCUGAUUCUCUGGAUCUGGCAUUCAAGUUACGUAGGAAGAAGCUUACUAUCGAGAAGCUUCAUCUUCCCCCAGACCUCUCAGAGACUGUAAGUCGAUCUCAAGAAGAUUCUGCUAAGAAAGCCGCUAGGAGUGCCUCAGCUUUAGCAUUCAGCUGUUCAUCAUCACUAACAGAAAGAAAACUUGAUUUCUGAGACUUUUUGGAGACAGAAAUCAAGAUAUUGUUUAUAAUAGCUACUUGGAAUGACUGGGCUUUGGUAUUCAGCUGUGCAUUAUCUCUUUUGAUAUGAAAACUAGACUUCUGAAAUUCAAAGAUCUCUCAGAGCAUGUGAUUUUCAAUACCCUUUCAAGAAAUCAAGAUCCUGUUGAUAGAAACUGCAAUGAACGUUAGUGUUAGCAGUGCAUCAUUACAAGCAGAGCGAAAAAAAUUUAAACUUUGUUGAGAUUGUAGUUUUCAAGAUCUCUUUCAAGAAAGCAAGAUACUGUUAAUAAUAGCUACUUGGAAUGCCUUGCUUUUCAGCUUUUAACUGUGUGUCAUCUAGUGGAGCAGAAACUUGACUAGAUUUUGUGAGAAAAAAGGACAUUCAAGAAAUGUUUACAAGACUUUCUAGCACUCUAAAUAAUCAAAACAUUUUUUAGAAAACUAUGCUGUGAACAAUGAUCAGAGUAGAAACCUAUUAAACCUAUCUAAGCCGGGGCACCUGGCAUGCCCCCCUUGAGAUCUUGACCGUCGACUUCGUGAUCGCAUCGAAAAUUGGCAUGCAGGUUGUCUGAGACAUACUCUCCAAAAUUGUAUAGUAAUUCAUGUCAUGCAAAUUGCUAGUAAGUGAUUAUGCUAAUUUAUGUUUAAUUAGUAUGCAAAAUCAUACUUUUUUUCUCUACCUCCCUAAAUGAAGCUCCAAAUGUUGUAAUUUUUGGUAUAAAAAUUCUUUGUGGUGUUCUUAGCAAAUGUACAUGAAAAAAAUUGCAAUAUCAGAUCAAUUUCUUAUGUAUUAUAUUGUUUUUUGUAAUUUCUUAUUUAUUUCUUUGUUUUUGACCUUUUAUUUGUCAUUGUUAUAAACUUUGUUGGGGACUCUUUUUGCAAUCAUGAACAGCUUAAAAUGAAUCCAUUUAGACCAGCAAAACUAAAAAUAAUCAUACAUUUAUUGUUUUUGGUUGAAUACUCAUUUUGCAUUGAUUUUUGUACACAAAAAUCAUGUUUUUCUUAGUGAUUUUGGGUCUGACAUGCACUUACAAUAUGUGGUAUAAUUUCAGAACCGCGUACCUGGGUGUCGCAAAAUUGGUCUCAAAAGAUGCACAAGACUUGAAAGUAAAAAGUCAGUGAGCGGUGCGGUCAAACAAAAAUUUGCACGGUGAAAAUAUUGCGCGAAUCGUCGAGGCCCCCCCCCCCCUCGGCCUAGAUAGGGUUAAGGAGAAAUAUAGGCUGAUAUCUGCAUUGCAAACUAGAUACUGUCUUGAUUGGAUUACAAACACUUAGUUUAAUAAAGAAUUCACUUUACAUGGUCUAACUUCAUCUACCA